UAAUUUUAGCGCCAAUCAUAAAUUUCCAUUCAAAAGUUUUGUAAAUAAUUUGUAUUUGAUAACAAACAUUUAAUGGGGGAAAUCUCUUCAAAGACCAAUUAAAUGGAUUAUGCUCUUGAAUUACCACGUGAUAAGCACUCAAUUUGUUUAUUUUAAAAGUCACGAUGGCAGAAUCUGAAUCUGGAGAAUGGGACGAAUUUCUUUUACGCUAUCCAGGCAUCAUUGUAAGCGGUUGUAAUGCCAGGGGGACUGUAAAACUAAAAGAUAAAUGGUACCGCUUAAAAGUGACGUGUCCACAUUUCCCGAAACUACAGGAUGCGCGUUUGGAACUACAUCUGCCACAGCAAAUUAAAUUUACCAAAAUAAAAAAUGAAGAUUUGGCAACUGAUUGGACGCUGUUUGAUGUAAUGGAGAAUCUGCCACAACUUCAAGAAAAGUACUGUGAUGCACCCAGUCCAAAGGCCAAAAAUAUUGAAAUAAACAAGUGCAACAUUUAUAGCGAAAUAGCCGCUCUCUACGCGCCACAAGAUUAUCAAUUGGAAUUAAAUGACGCCUGCACUCUACUGCGUUUCUCCAAGUUCGCAGAACACCAUCAACACUAUUUACAAUUGGAACUACCGGCACUACGCAUAACUGAACACAGUCUGCCCGACUGUGUGCCAUGGGAGGAACAUCUGCAGAAAUACGACAACCUCAGCGCAAUGGUGCAACAAUUUCGCAAUUAUCUGCAAGAUUUACAACCGUUUUAUGAGAAUUUCACCGACAUUGAUGAGCUAUGCUAUGUUGUGCAGCCAACGCCACCAGUUUCGACCAAACACAAUUGGCGUUUAUUUGUGCUGCGUGAACGUGUCUUUAUCAAAUUGGUGCUAUCCGAUCCCUUUGCACCCAUUAGUUCUAUGUCAGUGCAGAUAAUAGGACCAACACAAGCUGUGGAAGAGUUGAGGCGCACGCUAAGUAAUGGUCUAAGCGAGUGGGAUGCUGAAUUGGAUAUACAUAAAAACUUGUUGCGCAUUUUCGAUAUCUGCUAUUUUCCGAUGCCGCCUGGUAGCGGUUGGUUGGAGGCAGAGGGUGUAGUUAAUGCCACAGAGCAAAAAUUUUGUAAUAUUUGUUACUCGUAUCAACUAGAACAAGGUGAGAUACCAAUUGUCUCCUGUGAUAACCCACAAUGUACGCUGAUAUAUCACGCGGCCUGUUUAAAAGAGUGGUUCAACACGCUCACUAAUGGAAAAGAUUUUCUGAGCGUCUCAUUUGGCACUUGCCCGUUUUGUAAAACUAAACUUUCAACAUCAUUCGCUGAGUUAUUGGUAAAUUGAUUUUUAAUAAUUUUCGAGAAAUCUUAUUAGUAAACAUACAGUAAAUUAAUAUGUAUUCAAUACAUCGCUGUAAUUACCAUAAGUGUUUGAACAUCAAUUCAAUAAGUAUUUCAUAUAGACUACGCUAUCGAGUAAGCCUAAAACAAGUGAGUGUUUUUUAAAUAAAUUUUGUUUUUUUUUUAUUUAUUACAUAUUAGUUUAUGCACUUUUUUAAUAAUUCAAGUCACUAGAAACUUUUCAAAUAGUCGUAGUUAUGGAUUUGA